GGCUUUGACCCACUUCGACUUGGAAGAGAGAGAGAAUAGCGUUUAGAUUUGGUGCCCAACUUCCGCACCCAUUUUCUCUCUCUAUAUUUCCCAUUUCCCAUUGCGUGUGUUUUGCGUCCUUCAUUUUCUUUCAUUUCUCAAUUUCUCUAUUUUUUCUUCACUUCGAGGGUUUUUCUCUAUUCUCACUUCUCUGUUAUUAUUCCUCUCGAAUCUUCUUUUUUUUUUCUUCAAUUUUUUAAAUUAAUUUUCCCUCUCAAUUCCUCUUCACAGAGAUCACAUCACCGUUUGUUACGAUCACAGUGUCGUUAUUCUGCCGGCGAUGGAAUUCGUCGGAAAAACCGUUCGGAAAGAGGUGAACGGAGUUGGAAUUCUCACCGGAACUGUCAAAUCUUACGAUUCGUCGUCGGGUUUGUUGGAGAUCCUUUUCGAAGGCGGUCAUUGUGAGGAGAUGGAAGUUUCUGAGGUUGCUUCGCUGCUGGAAAUUCAACCGGAGCUUACUGAGGUCAAAGUUCAGGUCGGUCGGAAACCUAAAAAACGACGCCGUGUUGAGCUGAGUGGCGAAACGACGUCGAGUUCAGGUAAUGUUAGUGAUGAUUUGGUGGCGGGUAGUGAAUUUAGCGGGAUUUUGAAUGGUGAUGAUUCUAGUGGCGGGAAUGAUGGGGAUGUUGUGGGUAAUGUAAAUGGGACUAGUGGGAGUUUGGAGAAACUAGGAAAUGGAAAUGGGUUUGGUUUAGGAGAAAUUUUGAAUUUGAAUGAAAAUGAGGGUGUUUCUGAUAAUAAUGAUGAUGAUAAUAGUAAUGGAAUUUGUGUUAAAGAUGGUAUUGAUUUGAAUGCUAGGCUUAAUUUAAAUGAGGAUAUUAAUCUGAAUGAUGUGUGUGAUUCCGAUUUACCGCCUUUUAAUAACGCGGGUAGUGUGGAGAGAAGAGAUUGUAUUGAUUUGAAUUUGGAUGUGAGUGUUGAGGAGGGCGUGAACUUGGAUGUGAAUUCGGGAGGUGAAAUUUUGCGGCGGGAAUUUGAUUUGAAUGUGGGUGUGUGUGAAGAGGUUAAGGAAGCUCAGGGUUGUGCCGGUGGAAAUGGAUAUUCCGAGGUAGAUGGUGAGAUGGGGCAGAUUCGAGAAGAAGAGUCAGAUGUUAAGCACAUAUAUAUGGAAGCUGAUGGUGGUUGUGGUAAUUUGAAUUGUGCCUCUGAUGGUAUCAAAUUGGAGGAACUUAAUGUUUCGGCUGGGAAUGUAGCUGAAGAAGGUUUGAUCGAGGAAAAGGAAGGUCAUGAUGGCAAAGAAAAUGUGGCGGCUAUUGACUCUCUUCGGGUUUCGGAUGCUGUUUCUGUUAUGGAUUGUGAUUAUGUUUCUUCUGAAGCUGCUGUUGCCGUAGUUAAUCAAUACCAAGAUGAUCCAGCAAGUCCGCGCAAACAAGGAAUUAGUCAAAGGAAGAGAAGAAAAGUGUCAGAUAAUCUAAAAUCCACCCCGGACACGGCUUUGAGGAGGAGUUCUCGCCGGACAUCAGCAAGAAAUCAGGUUUCAAGUGAAGUAUCAGGGAAGGGGACUGAUGAUCCUUUGUCAUCCUUGGAAACCAGUGUAACAGAAGAAAAACCUUCGAUGCCUGGAAAUGAGAAAUAUGAACAGUGCAAUGUUCCUAUACCGAAGCUGCAAUUACCCCCUUCUUCUCAAAAUUUGAAUUUAGAUGGCAUUCCUGUCAUUGAAUUUUUUUCUGUUUAUUCUUGUUUAAGAUCAUUCAGUACCUUGUUAUUUUUGAGUCCGUUUGAGUUGGAAGAUCUUGUAGCUGCACUUAAGUCUGAAAUCCCUAGUGUAUUAUUUGACAGCAUUCAUGUUUCUAUUUUGCAAACUCUGAAAAUGCAUUUGGAAUUCCUUUCCAGUGAGGGUUGCCAAUCUGCAUCCAUUUGCCUGAGGAAUCUUAACUGGGAUUUCUUGGACCUUGUCACAUGGCCCAUGUUCAUGGCCGAGUACCUUCUGAUUCACAGUUCACAGUUCAAAACUAGUUUUGAUGCUAACCACUCAAUGUUCGAAACUGACUACUACAAACAACCUGUCACUUUGAAGCUUGAGAUUCUUCAGUACCUGUGCGAUGAUAUGAUUGAAGCAGACACCAUAAGGUCAGAACUUAACAGAAGAUCUUUGGUAACAGAGUCUGGUAUGGAUUUUGAUCAGAAUAUUUAUUUCGACACUUGCAAGAAAAAAAGAGCUGUCACAGAUCUUUCUGGUGGAUCUUGCUUGACUGAGGAGAUUGUGGAUGACACAACUGACUUGAACAGUGAUGAAUGUUGCCUCUGCAAGAUGGACGGAAAUUUAAUAUGCUGUGAUGGUUGCCCUGCUGCAUUCCACUCUAGGUGUGUCGGGCUUGCAAGUGACAGUCUGCCUGAAGGUGACUGGUAUUGUCCCGAGUGUGCUAUUGGAACACAUCGGGCUUCGAGGAAAUCACGAAGGUCACUCCGAGGAGCAGACUUGUUGGGGACGGAUCCUCACGGCUGUCUUUAUUUUGAUAGCUGUGGUUACCUGUUAGUUUCAAACUCAUCAGAUGCAGGAUCCUUGUUCAAGUACUACCAUAGAAAUGAUAUAUCCGUUGUAGUUGAAGUUCUAAAGUCUAUGGAGACUUUAUAUGGAGACUUAUUAAUGGCUAUCUACAAGCAUUGGGAUAUUCCGGCUGACUUAAAUGCAGGGGCUAGUAAUUUGGCAUUCUUCAAUCAAAGUUCCCGCAAGAACAUGCAAAAAACAGCUGAAUAUUAUGCUAUGCCUACAUCUGUAGCACCUUUUACUUCUUCAGAAACGUUUAUUGACAAGAAUCUGGUUGAUGAUCAGAAAAAGUUGGAGAAAAAUUCAACUAUUGACUGUUGUAGUCAUGAUGGCCAAGAGUUUCCAAAAACUGGGAACCAAUUAGACUCAACAAUAGAAAGUCCUUGUAUUGCCUCAGAAGGAUCAGCUGAUACCGCACAAAUCAUAGGUGUUAGCAAUACCCCCUAUACGGGCAAUAAGGAUUCAUCACAAGCCCCAUGUGGGACCGACUACAUAAACUAUUAUAGCUUUGCCAGGGUGGCCUCAUUAGUUGCACAGGAGUUGUUGAUAUGCAAGUCACAAGAAAAGAUCAAUAAAAAUAUUGUAAUGACUGAAGAAGAAAUAAUUUCAGACCAAACAAAGUCCAUCAUGAAGAAGUCCACCGACUUUUGUUGGCCAAGUAUUCAAAUCCUGAGCGCAGCUGCCCAAAAGGAAAAAUGUGGGUGGUGCUUUUCUUGCAAGGUUGCAAAUGAUGACAGAGAUUGCUUGUACAUUUCUUUGGUGAAACCUCUUUAUGAAGUGUCUAAAAGUGCUUCAGCUAGGCUUCAACCCAUGAAUAUCCAGAAUGGACAUCUUAGAGAGAUAAUAUGUCUUAUUUUCUCUCUUGAGGUUCGAUUGCGGGGUCUUUUAUUGGGUCCAUGGUUGAAUCUGCAUCAAACAGAUCUUUGGCAUAAUAAUCUUUUGAAGUCAUCUGAUCUUCUUCCUGUUAAACGAUUAUUGCUUCUUUUGGAGUCCAAUUUGAGUGAUCGUGCACUUUCAGCCGAUUGGUUAAAGCAUGUAGAUUCUGUAGUUACUAUGGGAUCUGCUUCCCAUAUUGUGGUCAGUUCAUCACGCGCAUCCUCAAGGCAGGGCAUUGGAAAGAAAAGAGCCAGGCAAUCAGAUAUUGAAUCCAGUUCAUCUUCAAAGACUACUGGUGGUUUGGGAAUGUAUUGGUGGAGAGGUGGUAGGCUUUCGCGAAAGUUGUUUAAUUGCAAGGUCCUGCCUCGCUCCUUUGUUACCAAGGCUGCUAGACAAGCUGGGUCUACAAAGAUACCGGGUAUUUUAUAUCCUGAAAAUUCAGACUUUGUAAAGAGAAGCAGAUGUGUUGCCUGGCGAGCUGCUGUUGAGAUGUCAACAAGUGUUGAGCAGCUGGCUUUACAGGUUAGAGAACUCUAUUCAAACAUAAAGUGGCAUGAUAUUGAGAAUAACCAUCCUCUAUAUGUAUUAGACAAGGAAUCUAAAAAAUCAGCCAGGCUAUUCAAAAAAGCAAUUGUACGCAGGAAGUGCACGGAUGGACAAUCUGCGAAAUACCUUCUUGAUUUUGGGAAGAGAAGGGCUAUUCCGGAUAUUAUUAUUAAACACGGUUCUUUUUUGGAGGAACCCUCAAGUGAGAGGAAAAAAUAUUGGCUGAACGAGUCUUAUGUUCCUUUGCAUCUUUUAAAGAAUUUUGAGGAAAAAAGAAUCGUCCGCCAGUCCAAUGAUAAGAAAAAUGGAAAAAUUCUUGAGCUUGAUAGUGUAAAGAGGGAUCCUCAACAAAGGGGUUUUUCAUAUUUGUUUUCCAGAAUGGAAAGAUCUGAUUGUCAUCUGUGUGGGCAUUGCAAAAAAGAUGUUCCAAUAAGGGAAGCUGUGAGUUGCCUUUAUUGCAAAGGAUAUUUCCACAAGAGGCAUAUCAGGAAAUCUAGUGGCACAAGAGCUACAGAAUGCACAUAUUCAUGUCACAGAUGCCAGAGUGGGUUGCAUGUAAAGGCUAAUACUAAUAGUACGAAAGUUGGCUCAAAACGGCAGAAGAUUCAACCACAGAAUUGUAAAAGUGCUCCUUUGGUUUGUAAAUCAGUGAACCUUAAAGGCAAUAAAAAGGCAGCAAGCAAGGUGCGGCAGGUGGUAUCUCGAAACAAUAAGAAGAUCCAAUCAAUUGUACCUCUUCGUCGUUCUACUAGGAAAGCCAAAUCCUUGUAUUUGCGCACUCAAAUAAUGGGAGGACGUAAAAAAGGAACACAAGGUAAAAAGAAUGUAGGGCGUAAAAAAGGAAAGCAAAGUAAAUCCAAGAAGGUGACAUCUCAAAAGCCCAAGGAAACUACUGGUCAACUUAAGAAGUUUCCCGUUGCUACAUCACAUAAGAAAAGAAUGCAACCUUCUAACAGUUACUGGCUUAAUGGUCUUAAGUUUUCUAGAAAGCCAAAUGAUGAACGAGUAAUGCUUUUUAAAGAGAAAAAGCAUAUUAUCUCAGAUGUUCUUACUGGUUCCUUUGAUUGUCCUAAAUGCUGCCUUUGUUGUGGAGAUGGAUCCACUUCAAAUUAUAUUGCUUGUGAAAUCUGUGGAGAUUGGUUUCAUGGGGAUGCUUUUGGUCUCACUGUAGAGAAUGCCGAACAACUUAUUGGGUUUAGGUGCCAUGUUUGUCGUAGUAGGGAUGCUCCGAUCUGUCCCCAUGUGAAGAUUAAUGCAUUGUCUGACACUGAGCCCAAUGCUGCAAUUGAGUGUGCCGAGGAAUGAUCUAAUCGUGUUUCUUUCUAACCUUUGAGUGAGGUUUAACAAUUUGCUUUGACAAGACUGGGUUGGACAUCAGAUGGUGGCUUGUAGGGUUAUUUUUCUCCCUGCAAGGAUAUGGUGGCAAAUGUUUAUUUUUGUUGUAAAAUAUCAAAUUUUCUUACUUAUAUAGCUGUAAGAGGAAAGGUUGCUUUACCGGCUUCUGCUCAGACUGCUCCGAUGGCUUCUGUUUCAAUCUUCUUGGCAAGAGAGAAGGAUGAAGAAACCACAAGCAUGAUAGUGUAGUGCAGAAAGGCUGAAGAUAGUUGCAAUCAGGGCAUGCACAUAGAAUUCAUACAUCAAUUGCAUUCAUGAUUUUUAUUCAUUGUUGCUGCAUUUUUUUAAUUUAGGGUUUUCCCCCGUCUUGACUGAUUCCUCUCAAAUCAACUUUUGUAGGAAUCAGUAACCGCAACUGAUUUUUAUGGGGAGGUUUUUGCUAGUUUGCCGUUUUCUAAUUGGUGAACCCUAGUAUGGGGAGUUAUAGGAAUUACUUUGGAUUUUUCUUUCUUUUGAAACAAGGAAUUACUUUUAUUUUUUUUUGAAACAAGGAAUUACUUUGGAUGGCA